UUGCCAGGAACAGUCUUACUCUCCCAAUAUGUGCUAUACAACAUUAUGGAUCAUUUUAUAAUAUCCGUGUUUUCAGCAUUGAAGAUAAAUCCACAAUUGCACAAUGCGUUUUAUCACACUGGAUAACUGGAAGACUGCCGUUUUGUGCGUAAACAUUUGGACAUCUGUUGGAUACCGAGCAGGUUUUUAGGGGCUCUUGUUGCCCUGUCAAACAUAAUGUCUAGUAGACAAAAGAAAAUCAUUUUCUCUGUGGCUGGUGUUCUUUGCUUUGGCUGUGUGCUGGUCGUGGCGGCUGCGAUGGGAACUCAGUUUUGGAUAAAGGCAACUGUUCUGUGCAAAACGGGCGCACAGAUCGUCAAUGCAACGGGAUCGGAGCUGGAGAAAUUCGUCGGAAGGGCGAACUACGGACUCUUCCAUGGCCAUGGGAUGAAACAGUGUGGUCUGGGUGACAGACCCUUUUAUUUCUCUUUUUUUCCAGACCUGAUAGGUGUGAUUCCAGCCAGUCUACAUGUAAGCGUGAUCCUCUUCUGCUCAGUGCACAUCUUGUUCUCCGCCAUCUCCUCUACGUUCUUCUUUUACAAUGCAUUUGGAAGCCCGUAUGAGACAUUGCAUGGACCGCUGGGACUCUACCUCUGGAACAUGAUAAGCUGUUUCUGCAGCUGUUUGGUCCUCAUCCUCUUCGCCUCCGAGGUCAAGUUCCACCACCUAACAGAGACCGUCACCAACUUCAACGAGGGCAGCUUUGUCUACAAGAUGCAAAGCGAAUGGUACGACAAGUCCUUCUGGCUCAUCUUUCUCACCUUCCUCACUCACGGUCUCAACAUUUUGCUCAUCCGCCUGGCGGGGAUCCAUUUCCCCUUUCAGGAGGCCAAAGAAUCCGAAGCAACCACAGGAGCUUCAGAUCUCAUGUACUGACCGGCCCUUUGUUCUGCUUCCUCCCCUGCACACGACAUCCUACCGCGGCGACAAAGACGUCUCAAUAGGAGUCUUACGAACGUCAGCGUCGGUUGUGCCGUUGUGUUUACAUGUGAAUUGGCAAGGCACAUAUGAGACUCUUAUGUUGUGUCUUUCCCCCAUUCAAACGACAGGACUGAACUUGGAGAUGUGUGAGGGGACACAGUGGGGACUCUGUCAAUCACUCAAACAAUUAAGGGCCGCAAUGACAAAUGGCUGUUGAAAACACUGUGUAGUUUCCAGUCGCACUGGGACAAUACUGAUUUUUUUCCGUUUGUACAUUUUAUAAUCCAGUUGUGAGACAAAGAGAAGUGACAAUUGGCAAUUAUACAGUGGCCCUUAAAAAUGUAUGAAUGUCAUAGCGAGAUCAAAACAAGUGGCAUAAAAUAUUGAUAGUAUUUUACACAAAGAAGUGUGUUUGGUUUUAUUAAUGUUACAGAUCAAAAUGAAGAUAAAAUGCAUUUCGACGCCUUCAGGAUGUCAAAAAUUGAUGCAAAAUUUCCCAGACGCAGAAAAGUUAGUCCUGAGAAAAUGUGUUGACAAGUGGCACUUUGAUGUGGUUUGAUAUUGUUAUUCUGAUGACAAUCAUACAUUUAUAAAGUGGCUUGAUUGUUAAAAUAUGUUUAGGGCCUCUAAUAUUCAUAUUUCAGUAAAAAACUGAAUAAGAAACUUUCAAAUGUUUUUCAACAUUUUAUAUCCUACAGUAUAUACUGUACAACGAACCAAGGCUUUAGUAUCAGACAGACGUAACACAGACCUAAAUAAUAAACUUUUAAAUGUAUUUGUAAACACAUAGGGGCGGUUUCCCCAACAGGGGAAGCAUUGGAAGAAUGCUUAUAACCAAACAGAUCUCAACCCUCAUUGACUCCCAUAGUAGGAAAAAAACAAUGGUAGACAAAAGUGCCCCAGAACU